UACACUUUUUAAUUCGAGGGUCAACUAACGAACCGAGGAAUGCUCCCCAUAAAUGAUAUAUAUACUAGUUCGAUGUUUAGCUCUAACUCACCAUUCUCGAACAAUAAACAUGAAGAUGAAAUUUCAAGUGUUUGUGUUCCUUCUGUUUCCUUUCGUCACUGCAUCCGAUGUGUCGGUCUCAUCAAGAAGGCCCUAUGCGAAAUAUGAGUCGAUCUUCAACUUUGGCGACUCACUGAGUGAUACUGGGAACUACCUUGCAGUCGGUGCACCAGGAUUUCCCCAGAUUGCGCACCUCCCUUAUGGAGAGACCUUCUUCGGAAAUGCGACUGGCCGCGCUUCAGACGGACAUCUCAUUGUUGAUUUUAUCGCGGAGGCAUUCGGAUUACCUUCUCUUCCACCUUAUCUAAAGCAAACCGGAGGGCCAUACAAGAAAACGGGAAUGAAUUUUGCCGUUUUUGGGGCCACUGCACUUGAUGCAGAAUUCUAUUAUGCAAAGAAUCAAGGCCCUUUCUUGUUUACAAAUGAUUCAUUGAGCGUUCAAGUCGGCUGGUUCAAGAAGUGGAAGUCCUCGAUCUGUACUUCUAAGCAAGAGCGUCACAAGUACUUUAAGAAGUCUCUGUUCCUCGUGGGGGAGAUUGGUGGAAACGAUUACCACAUACCCCUCUUAUAUAUCGGUGCUCCCAUUGAACAAGUUCGACCCCUUGUGCCACUGAUCAUCGAAGCUAUUAUCAACGCCACCACAGCCAUAAUCGAAGAAGGAGCAGCAAACGUGGUGGUUCCGGGGAAUUUGCCAAUAGGUUGUCUACCAGCUUACUUGACCAGAUUUCAGAGUUCUAAUCGAUCGGACUAUAACCCAAUAACCGGGUGUCUGGAUGCAUUCAACGAGUUUUCUAAGUAUCACAACAGACUGCUCAUUCAAGCACUGAAGACGUUGAGAAAGAAAUAUCCGCGGGCAAGGAUCAUGUACGCAGACUACUACGGUGCCUCAAUUGGGUUCUACUAUAGCCCAAAACUCUAUGGAUUCUCCGGGGGCAGCAUUACAGCGUGUUGCGGAGGUGGUGGACCGUACAAUUUCAAUAUCUCUAGCUUAUGCGGUCAGCCUGGCUCGACUGUGUGCGACGAUCCAUCGACCUUUGUGAAUUGGGAUGGUAAUCAUUGGACGGAGGCUGCGUACCGACAUAUGGCUAAGGGAUUGAUUUAUGGUCCCUUCACUUCUCCACCUCUCUAGAGUUGUACUUCUGUUUUUGUGCAUCACCAAUUAAAUUAUUGCCCUUUUUUUUGUAAUAACUGUAAGCGAGGCACGUAAACCUAGCACAAAGAAAAAAAAUUAUUAAGAAUAUUUUCGAUAUUAUAACUGUAAUAUACAUUAAUUACUCGAUCUAUUAGGAAGUCGUAGAUUUAGCCUUAGAAUAUUAUCGAAUUUCCUUUUUGCAUCACAUUGUACAACCUAUUUACUUGGCUCACUACCGUAAUACAAUUUGA